AUGUGCUCCAUCGAACGCAUCACGAGCAAAACUCGAAAAAUCCGCAUCUCCGAUCCAAAGGACAAAGAUGGCUUCCGAGAAGUGGAGGUAAAAGUAUGGAACGACACAGUGGCCAAUUUAAGUUUGAUGGCGCUUGGUACCAGCGCUCCUGAAAUUUUGCUUUCAGUGAUUGAGACAAUCGGGAAUAAAUUCGAAUCCGGGGAGCUCGGCCCUUCAACAAUUGUUGGGUCAGCAGCUUUUAAUUUACUCGUCAUCACAGCUAUUUGUAUGGUGUCGAUCCCUAAGGGGGAAUCAAGAGUAAUCAAAAGUACAAAAGUCUUUGCAGUAACUACACUUUUUAAUAUAUUCGCUUAUAUUUGGUUGGCGGUCGUGCUUUUGUCAAGCACAAAGGAUGUGGUUAGCAUUUGGGAAGCAAUCAUUACCUUUUUACUCUUCCCAGUACUCAUUAUUAUUGCUUACAUAGCAGACAAGAACUUCUUUCUGACGAAAAACAAAGUCGGGACACCAAUAGAAAUUGGAAUCGAAUUAGCAAACGAGGAAGAUUACAACGGGACAAACGACUCAUCGGUAAACAUUAUAGAAAUAUCACGGGAGCUGGGCAAACUUCCAAAUCUUCCUGAAGACGAAGCUGCGAAAAUGGCGGCCGCUACAGUGGCACAAAAUCACCCUCGCUCUUCGGGUUGGUACAGGAUUAAUGCCACCCGAUCCAUGACUGGCAGCCAGAAACUCGUACCGCAGGUCAGCAAAGCCUUUGCAAACAUUUUCCUCGGCAUCCAGCAAGGAGGACGCGAUAGUAUCCGUGACUCGAGGAUCAGCCUAAAGUGUGAGACACCUGACGAUUUAAGUGAGCAGGGGCGCAAAGCGGUCAUUGAAUUUACAGCCAGUUCGUAUGCAGUCAUGGAAAAUGAAGGAAAUGUAAGAAUCGGGAUUAAACGCACCGGCUGUUUAGACAUCCCAGCUACCGUUAGAGUCGAGACAUGUGAUGGAACCGCAGAGGCCGAGAGUGAUUACAAGCCAGUCAAACAAACGUUGGCGUUUGCCCCAAAUGAGACAAACAAAGAGGUUAACGUGGAAAUCAUUGAUGACGACGUGUGGGAACCAGACGAGUUCUUUUAUGUGAAACUCUACGUCGAAGAAGAAACUGAACGAGUCGUCCUCGGCAAGAUCGCCAUUAAUAUGGUCACAAUCAUUAACGACGACGCUAUCCUCGCCCGCCUCACCUGCUAUCCUCGCCCGCCUCACCUGCUAUCCUUGCCCGCCGUACCGUUUAGGAACCACUGA